UACGCAGUCAUCCAACCAACAGCAGUAACAUUUACGCAAAAACAGAGAGAGAGAUCAUUUGCCCCGGCUCAUCAAAGCGCGUAGUGCACUGAUAUUAAUAUCGGUCUCGUAUUAUUUUCAGUAUUUAUCCAAUUCGCGGUUGCCUCUUCACGAUUUUCGGUGAAUUGCGCAAUUUUUCGUCACUAUCCGCUGUAUCCAUUGUGUGCACCUAUUUUGAACCAACAAGCACUUCAGCAACACCAACCCCAGCAUCCUCCGUCGAUGCACAAUAGCACGCAGCUACAAAAAUUACGUCAGCAGCAUCAACAUAUAAACAACAACAACAACAGCAAUAGUACAAACAAAAACAACUAUCAUCAUCAUCAACCUCAGCAAUACAACAGCGCAAGCAACACGCACGGCAAUGUUCUGCCAGCUCAAACAGCACAACAACAUCAACAAAAACAAACAUCGCAAACGUCACACCAUACGUCACGGAAUCCAUCAACACAUCAGCAUCAGCCCCAGCAUCAACAACAUCCACUACACCAACAACAGCCGCAGCUGCAACAGCAGCAGCAGCAACCACCGCCGCUGCAACCACAGCAGCAGCAACAACAUACACUUGCAGUGUCUCAAAUGCCUCCCCAGCAGGCGCUUGGACAUUUAAAGCAUCCACAACAACAUGUGCAACAAACGCCAGCUGCACAGCAGCAUCCACAACCACAACAACAAAUACAAACAACAUUGAAUCCGGCAAGCAAUGUUGUCAGCGGACACUCGCAACCACUGCCACAGCCACCCACACAACAUCCUCAACAGCAACCACCUGCCGCAUUGAACUAUUACACUGGCGGCGUUGCUCAAAGCAACAACAAUAAUAUACACAAGUCAAAAUAUAAACCCAACGUUGGCGGUGGCGGUGGUAAUGUAGCUGGUGGUGGUGGAAUGCAACCAAAAACUAUUUUACAAAAUCCAAAUCGCAUUCUGAAAGCACGGCUGCACAGCAGCGCGGCAGCAAAUAACAUUGAGGUGACCACUAUUGGUCCCUUGGUGAGCAUAGAAGAAACUAAGAAGGUAUCAAAGAGCAGUAAUACCAGCAAUAUCGGCGAUGGCGGCGGUGUCAAUAAUGUUGUAAGCGCCGCAGAGGCAUCAGUAAAAGCGAAUGUGGUUGUAGCUGUAACUGAAAGCGCAGUAAUUCCUUCGAACAAUAGGAAGGAGUGUACGAAAAAUGGGCAAAACACAAGCCAGAAUGACGCUUCCAUAAAUGAUGCUAAAAAGGAAAACGUGACGAGUGGGACACAAAAUGCAAAAAUUAGCAAUGAAGCGAGUAGUAGCAAUGCAACAAGUAAUAACAACAAUAUUUUGUCCAACGAAGACAACACCGUGCCAAAGAAUUCGAAAGAGAAGACCCCAAUGUGUCUCGUCAACGAGCUGGCGCGUUUCAAUAAAAUCACACAUCAGUAUCGUUUAACCAGUGAAAAGGGUCCGGCGCAUUGCAAGCGAUUCACUGUCACUCUAAAAUUGGGCGAUGAGGAAUAUUCAGCGGAGGGUUUCAAAAUCAAGAAAGCUCAACAUCUAGCAGCAGCCGAAGCUAUUGAAAAAACCAAAUACAAACAUCCUGUGCCGAAAGUGAUUCGUCGCAAUACCGAUGGAGAGGGCAGUUCAUCUCGCGCCAAUAUUACGCCCACAGUUGAAUUGAAUGCGUUGGCCAUGAAAUUAGGCCAACAGACAUAUUAUCUAUUAGAUCCACGUCAAGUGGCAUCACCCGAUAGCAUGGGACCACCACCAGACGCCAUGAUGCCCCCGCGCUAUGGUGUACCACCGCCACCAUCGCAUGCGCUUCCACCGCCCGGCAUGGGCAGCGGUCAUAUGAUGCCCCAACACGCACCUCCACCGCCGCCACCACAUGUGCAUAUGAUGGAUCCGCCUGCAUAUCUGCGACGAAAUGGGCCCUAUGCAGUACCGCCUGCGCCACCGUUGCACGGUCAUCCUACCUCCGGACCGGGCAUGCGUCCACGCUAUGGUGCACCACCUCAGCGCGCAUACAUGCCAAAAUAUGGCCAGCAGCAACGAUAUGCAUUAAUGGCGCCACCGCAUAUGGCUGGUGGUCCACACAAUGGCAUGGCCCCACCACCACCGAUGCCGCACCAUCCGCAUCAUUCUCAUCAUGGUUCAGUUCCACAUCGUUAUGGUAUGCCAGCAGCAUUGACCAGAGUUACGCUUGUCGUUGGCAAGCAGAAAUUUGUUGGAAUGGGGUACACAUUACAACAAGCCAAACAUGACGCAGCGUCUCGUGCGUUACAGGUGCUUAAAGCGCAGGCCGCUACACAGCUGAACGAAGCACUAAAUAACAGCCUGGAGGAAAGCGAUAGCAAAUCACCCAUCUCGCUGGUGCAUGAGAUCGGCAUACAACGUAGCAUGACGGUGCAUUUCAAAGUGCUGCGCGAAGAAGGACCCGCUCACAUGAAGAAGUUCGUAACCGCAUGCGUUGUGGGCUCCAUAGUGACAGAGGGCGAGGGCAAUGGAAAGAAAACAUCAAAGAAACGCGCCGCCGAAAAAAUGUUGGAAGAGCUAAAGAAGCUGCCGCCACUAACACCAACAAAGUCGCCGGUUAAGCGUAUUAAAGUUAAAACACCCAGCAAGGCUGCAGCAAAUGCUGACGGAGCUGGUGGUGGCAGUGGAAAGUCUGGUGGCGCCGGUGGUGAACGACGCAAGCGCGGCAGUGGCUCGAUCAAAGAGAAAAGUGAAGCAGAGGCCGAUGCAGAGAACCCCAUAACGCAACUCAUCCAAUUGCAGCAGAAUCGCAAAGAAAAAGAACCUUUGUUUGAGCUAAUAGCGAAAAACGGAAACGAGAACUCGCGUCGACGUGAAUUUAUAAUCGAGGUGAGCGCACAUGGCAUGGUGGCACGCGGCACCGGCAACAGCAAAAAGCUAGCCAAACGUAAUGCAGCACAAAAUUUGCUCAUAGCCAUGGGUGAAAGUGACACCGAUACCGCUGGCGUCAACACUGCCUCAGCACCCGCCACCAUACAGACAGCUGCUGCUAAAGAGAGAUACGCCCGAGCGCCUGCAACCGCCAUCGAUGGAGUCACUUCACAUUCAGAGCAGCCGAAUACAGUCUUGCAGCCAAUUGCUGAAGUACCGCCACCUGCUGUUGCCGCCGAGGCGCAUCUUGAUUUGCCGCUCGUGUCCACCCCAGCUGGACAAGUACCCGGCAUUUUGAUACUGCGCCAUAAUAAAAAAAAUGCCGUCAAGAAAAAGGAGUGUGCGCCCAGUGCAAGUUGCGUAAUGGCAGAGAAUAAUGAAAACAAACGUGCCGCCGAUUUAACUAUUGGCGCUGGUGUGCAAGCAGUGCAACAGUCUGCUGUUAAAAGCGCUGCUACUGAUAUUGUGAAAGAAAGUGAAGUGGAAAUCGCGUUGAGCGCUAAUCCACCUAGUGCUGUGGUGCAGCCGGUGGCAGCGCCUAUUACCAACAAUGCUCAAAAAGCUGUUAGCAGUGCAGCCAGCAGCGCAACAACAACAACAACAACAGCAAGGGCGAGCAGCAGUGCAUCCAAGCCAGCAGGCGUGCAUAUGAAGGAUCAGCUGCUGUACCUUGCAAAGCUUUUGGGAUUCGAGGUGAACUUUUCCGAUUAUCCAAAGGGAAACCAUAGCGAAUUUCUUACCAUUGUAACGCUCUCUUCGGAUCCACCACAAAUUUGUCAUGGCGUGGGCAGCAGCGCUGAGGAAUCCCAAAAUGAUGCUGCUAGAAAUGCAUUGAAAAUACUUAGUGAAUUAGGCUUAAAUAAUGCUGCGAAAUAAAAGCAGCAUGCAAACGCUGAGAAGGAGCGGAGCGUAUAUAAUAAAAUACGAAAAGUGGGAAAAUAAUAAUCAAAUUGAAUUUGGCGCAACCAAAUCUAUAUAAAAUAUGUAGAGAGUCUCUACUAGAGACGAGAGACGUUAAAUAAACGUGGGGAGCGAAGGAAACGGAAAAAUAUGCAGCGUACUUUCUCACUCAUUACUACUUUAAGAAUGUUAAAUGAGGUUCAACUGCAGAUUUUCAUUCAAUUGAAAAGGGCAGAACCGCAAAAUAUGUGCAACAAAAAAAGUUAAAUUGAUUUUUACGAUAAUUAAAAAAAAAAAACAGUGCUGCUAUAUUUAUGCUAUUUUGUUAAAAUCUAUGCUAUAUUUUCGUUUAAAAUCCAUAUUUGUUUAAUUUAUUUACUUUAUAUUAAUCAUUUUGUUAUUUUUAUGCUUAGCAAAAGUUGUUAAACGCGUUAGCAGAACUAAAAAUUGUAUUCAUAAAAUUGUGCAGAAAGCAUAAGUAAAAAAAUUGUUUGUUAAGCAAAGGCUUAACUCGAUAUGUAUUUAAAUUUUUGCAUUUAUUGGUUUAUUUUUUUUGUGGAUUUUGAGCAUUUUUUGUCUUAUUUAAAAGCGUUUAAAGUUAUCGUUUUUCUCAGCAGUGCACAAAGUUGAGUGAAAAAUUGCGGAUUGGCAUUCACAAUUGAAAUUUUUUUUCUUUGUUUAUUUAAAAACUCAAAAUUUUGUCUUGAAAGGAAUGCAAAUUUUAAUUCUCUUUUGCAGAAUGUUCAUUUAUUAUUGUUAAUACUACAACAACAAAUACUUAUUUUUUUCAAACACUAUGAUUAGGUCAAACUGUUGUGGUAACUAUAUUUUCUAUAUGGUAAAUUUUGAUUUAAAUGCCUGCUGAUUAUUAGACGCUUUAUCAGUUAUUAACCGCUAUUGGGAUUUAAUAUCAUAAGAGAAUUUAUUUUUAUGUUAUCUACUGUCCUUUCAGAAGAUUUAAGCUUAAGAUAAGGUCGAUCUUCCACUCAGCAAUCGAUUUUCUCCAUUUAUGUACUUUACCUAGCGUAUAUUUCAAAUUUCCAAAGCGAAAUCAAUUUAUGUGCCGUGAAAAACAAAUAGCAUUCUUUUGGCGUGUAUACAGCUCUCUAUCGAAAUUCAAAAAGUAUUCCUAAAUCGAGUACAAAAGCAAAGUUAUACAUACUACUAUAGUAUUGUGUUCAUGGAGUAAACGCCAGAAAUUAUUUAUAUUGAAAACCCUCUAAAUACUGCAGCAAAGGCUUGCAUGUAUAAUGAAUUAGUGUGUAGAUCAAAGAUAUAGCCGGCUUAUAUUUUAAGAAAAUUCCAAAUUGAUGGCGCUCAAGUAAGCACAAUGGAAAGCGGUUUCUACUGGGCGUUGCUGCUGACAAAAUAUUUUUCGAACACACACAAAAGAUGAAAAAAAAAAUUCGGCGUAAAAACCUUUAAAAUUAUGUACAACAUACAUAUGUAUAUCCUUACCAUCUAAUCUUUUUAUUAUAAAUCAUUUUCAUUCGGCAAUUAUAUUAAUCUAUGUAGUAAUAUAAGCAAGUUGCGUGUAUCCUAUUGGCUAAAUAUAUUUCCGUGUAUUUGCCGGGAAUUUCAACAGCUUAAAAUUAAUUGCUGAAACACUGAUGAAGCUAAAGAAAACUACAAAACAAUUAUUUUGUGAGUCUAUCAUAUUGUGAGUUUCGAUUUGCGAAUGAGUUGUUUUUGCAAAAGCGCUCGAAACUAACUACAUACAUGCUAAACAAAAAAUCAAAUAAAUGAUUAAGCAAUUAGUGUAAGAAAUGGUAUUGGAUUAGAAAAGGAAUUCUAAAAUUUAUAAUAAAAACACAAACAUAGCAAUGUAAAAAAAAAACAAAAUUGUAACCUGUGGUCGUAUUUUGAUAGCAAACAUAUUAAAAAUAAAUAUAAAAAUUUGAAAUUAAUUGGGGCAUUGUUGAGGUCGAUUGCGCAACAGUUGAUCAGAAUGCAUAUGAAUGCACGUACAUAUACUAUAUCCAAAUAUAUGCAUAUUUGUACGUUGCAAGUGGUGGUAAUUUGAAAUUUUUAAUUUAUUUUUAGAUAAACGCAAAAUUUAUUAAAUAUAACUUGAAGCUAAUGGCUAAAUAAAGUAAUUAUUACAAUCAAUGCAACAGCAAUUUUACUAUGAAUAUUACACAUAUAUCACAUUUGCUGCUUGUGUUGAUUCUAAAACAAAAAGUUAAGAAGCCUACUAAUGGAAACAAAAAAGAAUUACAACAAUUUGUUUGUGUUGCACAAAUAUGCGCACACGCAGACAUUUAAUUUUCGAUGAUGGAACUCGUCGUAAUAAUGAAAAAGUAUUUCCAAUAAUACUUUAUAAAAUAUUUUUAAGAAAUAUAGAGCUGCAUGAAUGUCGUAAAUUUAAUUUAUAAACUGCUUAUAGGCGUAACCACAUACUAUCACCUAUACACAUACAUAAUUACCAUUAAAAAAAAAAACAACAUACAUAUGUAAUGCAUGCAAACAUAAACAUCUGCAAAUGAACAAUAGCGAUUUUAUAACCCACAGCAAACAAGCAAAAGUAAUGCGCUAUAGGUUAUUUAUAAAUUAAAUGACACUGGCUAAUCAUCUCUCUCUCUUAACAUUGGCUGGGUAUAACACAUCGGUCGCUGCUGCCUGCUUCAAUGUUGUCAAUUUCAAUGAGGCGUUUUUCACGCUGCUUGAAAUUGACCACUUGGCGGUGUGUACCUGGCCGUAUUUCUACUGCAUAAUACAUAUUAUUUAUUUCUUCACAUAGCACGGACAAUUCAUAAUAAAUUGCGUUAAUUUUUUUUAUUUAGAUUUUUGCUUAAGUGAGAUCAGUUAGGCAAAAAAUUAAACUGCGAAAUUCUUAUGUUUGCUUAUAAUAUUCGAAACCUAUGUAGUACAUGUUUAAUUUAGGUUCUUUGAAAUGCGCUGAACAUUUUGUUAUUAUGGGUUGUCCAAUGUUGGUAUUUUUCUUCUUAGUAUUAAGUACUCAUUUGUUGAAAGUUCACCUUUAUUUUACACAAACGUAAUAUGUUCAUUUAAUUAAAAUACAUUUUUUUAAAUUUAAAAUAUUACUUAUGCCUAAAUUUCAAUCACUUUCAAUAGAAUAUGAAAUUACAUUUAUGAAGAAAAAUUUCUGUAUGUGUAUUGCUUAAAUAAAUGUUAAAUGUAUAAUUAAUGUGCAUGCACAGUUUUAAGGCUAUAUCAUUUAAUUUGUGGCAUAUUUUUAACAAAAAAAAAAAAAAAAAUGUCCUAAAUUUUAUGCGCAAAGAAACUGUGCAGCACAACUUUAAAUAAAUGUGUGGAUUAUGCUGUUCAAUUAAAAUGCAGUUAACAUAAAAAAAAAAUGAAAUCGAAAAAAUGAAGAACAAAAUUUUUCAAAUAUAUGAAGAAAUUCAAGCAAAACUAAAUAAAAAAAAUAUAUAUAUCUAAGUAACUAUCUCGUUAUCAUAGGUUACCUACAUAUGCGUCUUUGCAAGUCGGGAAACUAAUAAUUUUACCUUGAAUUGUGAAUGACUUAAAGAGGCCGCAAAGUCCACAAAACUUGCGACUCCAGAAAUGAUGCGUAAUUAAUGAAAAAAUAAAGUGUAUAUUCAAUAAAGCUGAAAUAAAGUACGUACAGAAGCGUAUAUUUGUA